AUGCCUGCAGCACAGCACAACACCGCAAUGGUCACACCCACAACACACCACCACACCCAAUCGACAGAGCAACCACCACCAGCUACGAUAAACCAGCUGUCAGUAUUCACAAAACUCCCCUCAGAACUCAUCCUUCACGUCUUCAGCUACCUCGACAUUGUCACCAUCUUUCGCUUCCUCGACACCUGUCGCUACCACCGAUACCUCCUCCUUAACCUCCCCGAGAUCUGGCAGCGUGUUCGUUUUAUUCCCCUGUCCGAGUAUUCUGCCAGCAAUCCCGCAUUGGCAUCUUUCACGACGCUUAGCGCUGCGGCAGUAGCAGGAUCUGGAGCUGGGGCAGAGAGCACAGUGGCGGUGGCGGGGCCGUCUCGGUAUAAACGACCUGUGAGGACCAAGAAACCAUCCUGGCAGCGGGAUGAUUCUGAAUCUUCGAGUUCUGAAUCUGAAUCUGAAACCGGAUCUGACGAAUCCGAAGGCACCAAGGCCGCCACCACUGCAACGACAGCAGUGGCGGGUUCAACGGCAGCGACGCAUAGGUUGAAGCAUGCAGAGAACGACCGCGACCGCGAGCGAGGCGGGAGCAGGACUUUGAUCUCAGAGAUUUAUGCCGUCCUCCGCCGAUUCCGUAAAGAAAACCGGCUCGUCGAUUUCGUCCGCGAGAUAUACAUGGACUCAACUGACUCACAGCACUUCCCUUCGCCACUCGUCAUGUUGAUCAAAUUCCCAAACCUCCACACCCUCUCCUCCCGUUACCGCCGCAACCAAACCUCCCUCACAACCGACGCACAUACUCUCAAGGAUAUGCUCCGCAACGGAGAUAUUCUCCCACACAGUCUCAAGUUGCGCAAGUGGGAUAUCUUCCAUCCUUACAUGACCGAAGAAGAUGUUGUCGGGUUUAAGAGUACUCUGGAUACUAUUAGUGCCGUUGGUGGAACUGCUGAAGCUGAAAGGAGGGAUCCUAAUGGCACUUUGGCAGACGGAUCUGGAGGAGAGGUGCAAGGAGGUGUCGUGUUGGAUAUCAAGAUGUGUCCAGGCUCGAUCAUCUAUGAACCAAGUCUGGAUGCCUCCACGAAUCAAGGCGUGUAUGCAGGAAAUGGGAUGCAUUGGGCUACCCCAAACAACCAAACCCCAGCGUCAACACCGCCACCGCCACCACCACCACCACCGCCAACAACAACUACAACGUCAACCCCACCACCACCACCACAAGACCCUCCCACAUCCCCACAAGCAGCGCAGCCAACACAGUCAGCAUGCACAAACAUAGUCUGGACACUGGAGAAAUGCCGUGUCUGCGACGCAUCCCAGGACAGGUGCUACAGAUGUGUAGGUCAAUGCCGAGCCUGUGGUGCCAUCCGUGCUCCACCAUCCAUCAACCACCAGACACUCCUCGAACGCGAACGUGCUCGCCAGACUUCUGGUCGCUCUACUCCCUCUACCACUCCCAGCUCUAGUGCAGGAGCAGGUCAAGGACAAGCACAAGGACAGGCGGCAGGAGGAUAUGCGGUAGUGUAUGGAACAGGAAGACCGAGGACGCCUCCGGGGUCGAUCUCGCUCAGUCAGAUGGCCAACUCUGGUUCACAACCCAUCAUGUCAGCUUACUACCCUCUUUCGUCUUCAUCGACUACUGCAUCAGCAGCCGCGGCUUCGAUCCUAGCGCCUUCAUUACUAUUGUCGGGAUUGACCAGUCCACCACCAGUGGUAGCACCUGUAGCAUUGGCCUUGCCACCCGAGUUCAGUCUCUUUGAUUGA